AUGGACAUCCAGCGAUGGACAUAUGUGAGAGACAGGCUGGAUGAUUUCAGAAUGGGCUGCCCAUCUGCUGAUAAUCUGAUCAUUUGUGGCCCCAGGGAAGGCUUUCUCUCCAUGACUGCUCAGAGUUCCCCGACUUCCCCCCAGAAAGACUCAGAAAAAAACUGCACAAAGGAGAACUGCUUUCCAAGCUUUCACCAGCCCAAAAUAACUUUUGUAGAGGAGGUUGAAGCCAGCCUGACCCAUCACCCCUCGGCUUGCUACCCGGAUCUGAAGGAAAGUCUACGAGACAUCUUAUUAAAGCUGUUGGAAGAGCUCAAUCCUGACAGGAACCUGGAGGACACCUGGGCUUAUUUAACUGAGAUCCCUUUGGAACUAAACUACAGCAAAAGGCUGGGUGACAUUAGGAAGAGAAAAUUCUCUCUACAGGAAGGUACCCAGGAGAGGAAACUCAGGAAACCACCCGAUCCUUAUAAACCCAAGUGGGUGAAGAUAAGGUAUGGAGCAUGGUAUCUGAACCCCAAGACCUGGAAAAGGCUAAUAAAUGAUGAGCUUUUGAUUGGCCCCAAAGUCUUAAAAGAACAGGAAUAUUGGAGUUAUGGAAGGGGUAUUGAACCAGACAUUAUUGAUGAUCUUUAUGGACCAAUUGCCUUCAUAGAUUUCAUUAGAAGCAAGGGCUACAGGAUGUCAGGUAUGCUUGAGAAGUUGUUUUUGAGGAAGAAAUGAACUGUAGAUUCUGUUAAGACUCCUAUACACCAAGUAAUGAAACUCCUCUCAGAAGUACAUGAUGAUACAUGUGAAAAUAAUUAG